UAAAGACUAGCAUUAUCGAAAACAAAUCGGAGGCAAGCGAUCCCAAUUCCUCUCCCUCCGUCAUGGCUGAGCCGCCGCCGCCGUCGCUGUCACCGGCGCAGACGCCUCCGGCCCAUCAGCAGGCAACGCCCGCGGCGGGCGGGCGGGAGGACAUGCUGGCUUGCGUAGCGGCUCUGGAGGCGGCGCUGCUCCCGUGCCUACCCGCGCGCUCCUUCCAGGCCGUCGACCGCUCCCUCCAGUCCUCCCACCAGAUUGAUGUUGAGAUUCACGCAAGGGAUUUCAUGGAGGCUGCCAAGAAGCUCCAGUCUUACUUCAUCAGCCUGCAGCGAGAGGACCAACCGAGGACCGAAGAGAUGCUUCGGAAGGAGAUUACCACAAUGGAGGAAGAACUGAAGACCAACUCUGAGUUUAUUGCCAAGCACAAGAAGCUGAUUGAAGGUUGGCAGAAAGAACUGAAGGAGCAGCUGGGCAAACACAUCACCAAGCUUGAAAGAGUUUGAGUGUGAUUUUGUAGUUUACCUUGCAAUGACCAUGAAUCCAUAGGUGACCAAAUGACCAUAACGUGCUUUUAGGAUCUGAUCAGUCAAGUGAACAGGCAAUUGGUUUUCGGUUCUGUAUCUUAGAAGACAUGAACAAAAUCCCCUUAUCCAUGUUUGAUGUUGUAUUUGCUUAUGGUCUAUGCAGUUUCUAUAUGCUUUUGCUUU